GCAGAAAGCGAGAAAGGAUUUUAAGGGCCGUGUUUGUUUUAAACCCUAGGCUGUAUUCUGAAAUCAGAAAGCACACACAAAUGAUUAGACAACAUUGUCCAUUACAUUUAAUUACAUGAUACUAAGAAUGAGACAGUUGUCAAGGAAAAAAAAACUAUAAAGAGGAGUGAACAAAGGAUGCAGACAUUAAGUGGACAGUUCCGUACACAUUAAACUAUACCAAGCCAAGAAUUAUCACAGAUAUACUUAAUGUAAAAAGGUUUCUGUUUUAAUUAAUGGCAAUGGACGUGAAGUAUGUAAUGGGAACUGCUACAGCAAAAUCUGUGCCAAAGCAAAACCUUCCUCAUCAAUUUUGUAUCGAUAUCCAAACAUACAGAUUAUAGAUAUUGAUAUUAAGUUUUCUCCACUGUGUUUUUGCCACAGUUAAGAUGUGCAGAGUACACAACAGUAGUACCAAUACAGUAUUUAUUUUCUUAACUGUUGCAGGAGCAAAUAAGAAUUUACAAAGCAAUUGAAGGUUACUUUUCUCAAGUGCAUAAUAGCAGGCCCUCUCCUGGGAUUUACACAGUGUAAGUUUUUGGGGUUGCAUUUGUUGUAGGAUCCCAGCAUCUUAAAGGCUAUACAAACUGCGGGCCAGCAUCAUUUAGAGCCAUGGUUUGGUACUGCGAUACAGUGCAGGUAUUGUAUAAUCUAGAAAUCUUAUUGUACAGUGCAAAUAAAAACUGUGCAGUGAGACUAUAGAUAUCUUUCAUAUUUUCCGAGGGAAGAUUUGCUUCGAGUGUAACAUCUCCCUUUUUUUAUUCAUGAAGGACGGAUGGAAAAAAUAAGCGAAACAGCAGAGGAUCUUAUGAAAAUACAUAAGAUGUAUAAUAUAUUUUAUUUGUAGGAAGAAUUUGAUAAUACAGUGCAAUCACUGAAGGAUGUUAGAUACACAAUGUUUAGUUAAUAUUAUUAUGGUUAUGAUGGACAGAAGCAGAAUCUUGACAAAUUUCUCUUUAUUGUUGUUGUUGGGACAACAGAUGAGAGAUGGGGAAGUUGACUGGACCAUGGAGUUCAAAGGAAUCAUAUAUAGGAAAAAGAAAAAUUAUUCCAGUUAUGUUGACUUUAAUACAGGGCAUUUGUUAACAGUGGUCAGUCAUCACCCAGUUCCCUAACAUAACAGCCAACAGUAUUUAUAUUUGGGGCCAUUGCAUUGGCAGUGUGAACAUGCUGCUUAGUUGUUCUCCUCUGAAUUCUUCAACCGCUUGAGUUUUAAAGUAGCCAUCUAUCUAUAUACAAUUUGUGCAUUUGUAAUAAUAAUAAUAAUAAUAAUAAUAAUAAUAAUUGUCAUCAUCAUCAUCAUCAUCAUCAUCGGCAAUGCUUUUUAUUAUUCUAAGUCUUUGUGACAUACUAAUAUCUUUGACUUGCCACUCCCUUGAGCUUGUACGUGCAUGUCAUUAUAAGUUAUCCAUUGUGGACCUGCUGGAGCAAAUAUUUUACAAUUGAUUUAAAUAAUUAUACUUGCAUUCUCAAGGAUUUUGUGCCAAAUAACUAACCACAGUAAUUCUGUGAGAAUCGCAGAUAAACUUACAUGAAGUGCAGUAAGUAUAUUUAAAUCAUCCUAUGCAUCAAUAGCUUAACAGUAACUUCACAGUCGCUUUCAUGUCACCAGUAUCCAUUAGAUGGUCCAUGGGUUUUCUUUUAUUUUUUUAAUUAAACAUUCUGUGUUAACCAUCCAACUAACAUUAUAUAUUUUUAAAAGCAAAAAAUUAUAUUUGUACCUUAAAUGAUUGGUCUGUACAUUUUCUCGGAUCAUAAAAGUCUGAUGUUAGGUUCACAUUUGCAUUUUAUUUCAAACAAUGAUGCAAAUUAUUAUUUUUUUUUUGCUUCAUGUACUUAUAUUGUGCAAUAUGCUUAUGUAUUGUCCAUGUUGCAAUUAUGAUUGUAUAUUAAUAUGUUUAGCUUUCGUUAUGAAUAAUAAUAUCCACAGCAGUUCUGUGCAUUAGUUUCCAUCUGAUAGACACUUUGAGCCUCUACUUGAGCCGGUUAUAAGGGCUACCUCUCUCACCACCCAUUCCGUUAAAGCUUUGUUUGAUUAAUAUAUCGACUAAUUAGCUAACCAUUAUGAAAUUCAGGAGAUAUACUUCAUUUUGUGAAAACCUGUUUUCGUAUUAAUUCUCUAUUGAUUCUUUAGUAUUUUGCUUCUGUCUGCAACAAAUUACAAAGAGCAGUGCAUCACCACUUCAUAAACGUACAGUCGGCCUAUUUCCCCCCGAAAGCCUUUUGCGAACUUUUUUUAGUAGCUGGAACUCUUAUAUACCAUCACCGACAUCACUGAUCCACACAUUACACAUGCAGAUUGAAAACAGUCUGCAGUAUUAUUAUUAUUAAUAUUAUUAUUAUUAUUAUUAUAUAAAAAUACAAGAGCUGUACAAUCUUUUUUUCAAAUGCCCUAAAUUAACUUUUGUAGUUGAAUAAGGUGGAAAUGUAUGUUUAAAUAAAUAUUAAGACAAAACACAACAGAAAUGGCAUAACAUCUGAUGUGUCAUAUAUGUCAACAACAGAAAAGUGAAAAAAAAACAAGAUUGACAGAAGCUACAAUGAAAGCAAGAAGAAUCACCAAACGGAGGAAAAGGUCCUUGUAUUGACAGGAAGGAAAUGGAGCGUGCUAUCAAAACGGACACCCCCUCCUUGUGCGCCCCUCCCCUGUUUUGUACAACACAGAACUCAGCCUGUCAAGACACUUUUCCUGCUUGUUUAAAACAAAAUAAACUUGAUGGAUUAUAGUGGAUUAUGAUGAAACUUUAAUGCCACGUUAGUAUGAAAAACGCCGUGAACAGAAAAAGGGGACAGCUUUUUCACAUUUUAAAAGAGUUCCAUGUGCUGUUCUUCUUGGUCGUUAGCAUCCACCUAAUUGCAUGACGCUCCCCGGAUCAUUACCUCCAUCUGCUGCUUUAAGUGUUGGUGUAAGACUAUGGACUGUCUGCGGCUCUGUCCACGUGCUCGCCAACUGAUCGGAGUUCCCCCUUCUAGAAUAAAACAUUUGGAAAAUAUAGUGAUGCCUACACCUGUUCAUUUGUUGAUAUUAGUGCCAGAGAUGUGACUGUGCUGUCUGCUGUUGUAUCACCGUUGUUCCUCCAUUGCCAGUAACAGUACUGAAAUACAACCACAACUGGUAAUCCUUCGACAAGAAUUACACUAUGUCUGCAUAAGAAUCACACCAACUGCGGGAAGAAAAAAAUAAAAGGAAAAAUAUUUCUUGUAAGCUGGCAGUAAAGAGAAAUAAAAAAACACAGAAAUUGUCAAAUUAACAAUUAAUGUGGUAGAGUGCCUUGUUAAAUAAGGUACAAUUUUCGCUGUCUGCAGUGUGAAAAGUGCCUUUGUUUUUCACAGGUGCUUUGUGAUCAACUUACCUAACAGUUUGUUCUAUUUAUAAUGUAAGAUGCUUUACUUUAGCUUACCUACAACUUCAGGACACUGAUGGCUGAACCUGCAUGUCCUCUUUCUGAAUUAAUAAGCAUCUUGAAUCUAUAGAACAGAAAAUGAUGUUAUUAGUAUCCAUUUACUUCUUUUCCAAGCUGGCUCACAAUAGUUUAUUUGCAAAAGUGGGAAUACCUGCAAGCAACUCACUUCAUUAAAGAAAUCUAAAUCAUUUCACAGAGGAUUUUUUUACCCUGUUAAGUGGAAAGAAUAGCAUGCUAAUGUCUAGCCUCAGGUUAGAGGGCAAAUUCUUUCCAUGGCAAAAUACUUAGGGCUAGCUAACUUUUUUUUGUAGCACAGAGAUAUAAAGUAUUGUUAUCUGAAAAUGCCCAAUCCUCACACACCCAGAAUCCAGACAGGGUUAGUAAUGUGACAGACACAAACAAGCUAAGGUCAAGCAUAAUUUGAAGCUUAUUUUAAAUCUGAUGUCACCCAAACACCGUAAUGUAAUUCAUACUUGCUUCUUGUUUUUCUUUUCCCUUCAAAUGUCGAUUUAAUCCAUUGAUACAAACAGCAGUCUAUCUGUUCGUAAAAGGCACUGUAAUUGCCAGAAAAGGUAAUAAGGGUUUGCGAUGCGCAGGUGAUGAAAGGCGGGAUCUUCAGGUAAAUGCGAUAUAAGGCAGGAUCUGCGGUACAGGAUUUAGCACUGUGUCACGGAAAAAGAGACUGCAGAGGGGCAUUUGUGGUACAUAAAGUGUUUAAAGGUAAAUGCGUUUAAAGGGAUGGGAUAAGGGAGAUACAGUAGGAGGACUCAUCAAUUUCGUAGAACAGUUAAAAAAAGUAGGAAGGCUAUUAAGUUAAUUUUUCUGUUUUGCCUAUUUAUUUAUUUAACAAAACUGAGGAAAAAUGUUAGAUGUUAGAAUUUAUUCAGAUCAGCAAAAAUAAUUUGGGUCGGAAAACAAAGGUACAUGAUAAUUCAAGUCAUAUUUGUAGUUUUAAGUACAUUAAAGUUCAAUGGUAUACUUGCAUAUCACCUGAAUGAGAACUAAAAAAUAACUAAUUAUUGUAGGUGACAUUGAAUAAUGGGGUAAUUUUCAAGACAAUGGACGCCUCAAUGCAUUCAUUUGGUUACAAAGUAAGGACAUUGAUCACUUAUUAUAAUCAUUUCCUAUACCAUGUCGAUACAGACAGAAAGCAGACAGGAAUGUGGAGCUGUCUCUGGUGUCUGGGAUGCAUCUUCGUCUUCUUCUGGGUCUCCUCGGAAUCUCGUGUCUUAAAGUUUGUGGCGGUUGUGUUUCGCCAUGGGGAUCGCUCUCCUAUUGAGUCAUUUCCCAGCGAUCCUCACAAAGAGGAGGUAUGGGCACAAGGAUUCGGGCAGCUGACAGAGUUAGGCAUGAGGCAGCAGUAUGAAUUAGGGCGGUUUUUAAGGAAGCGCUACGCCGGCUUCCUUAACGACGACUAUGACGUGCGAGAGGUCUAUGUGCAAAGCACCGACUACGACCGUACAUUGAUGAGCGCCCAAGCUAACCUGGCCGGGCUCUUCCCCCCCAAUCGGCAGCCCCCGCCCAUCAGCCCCCAACUGCCUUGGCGUCCCAUUCCUGUGCACACCAUUCCCAAGUCCCAGGACAAGCUGUUAAAAACACCUGGAAAACAUUGUCCCAGAUUCAGGGAGCUGAUGACGGAAACAUUUUCCAGUGCAGAGUAUCAGAGAGCACUGAAGACUUAUAAGGACUUCAUCCAGGAAAUUUCAAAUAACACUGGUUACCCGGUAAACAGGCUGGUUAUGAGGAAAAUCUGGAGGGUGUAUGACACACUGAACUGUCAGAGAAUUCAUAACCUCACCCUGCCUGGCUGGGCAACCCAGCACGUGUUUAAUACCUUGGAGGAAAUUGCUUCUUUUGAGGUCAUGUACAGUGUGUUCACCUACAAGCGGAAAGACAAAGCCAGACUGGCUGGGGGAGUAUUGUUGAAUGCCAUCCUUGGGAAUUUCACGAGCACUGUGAAGAGGGAGAACGAAUUGAAGUUUGUUAUGUAUUCUGCGCAUGACUCCACGCUCAUCACCCUCCAGGCCGCCCUUGACAUCUACAGCGGCCGCCUGCCGCCUUACGCCGCCUGUCAGCUCUUUGAGUUUUACCAGGAGAAAAAUGGGAUGUACUCCAUCUCCUUGUUUUACCGAAAUGACUCAGCCCAUGACCCCUACCCAACCCCUGUGCCCGGCUGUCCUGUAAACCCAUGUCCACUCAUCAGCUUCACUGAGGUUAUCAACGAUGUCAUUGCCCCAGACUGGGAUUCAGAAUGUGGACUGAAACAGACUGAUUCUCACUCAGGAAUCGUUGCAGUUAUGUCCGCUGUAGUGGCUGUCCUCAUCAUGGCACUGCUAGCUACCAUAGUUUUUUCUAUCUACAGGAGAAGAUGUUGAGGUUCUAAGUGAACAGCUACCAACCGGUAUCUUCUUCUGUGCUGUCAUGACACUGUAACUUUUGAUUGUAUCAUUACAGAUUAAUGGCAAUGUUAUGUAAAUAAUUCUGCUGACUAAUGCAGUCCGAUUUUGAGUAAUUCGUAGAGAAAUGAGCCAGGGUUAGGGAAGAAAUUAGAUGUUAUCACUGUGAAUGUAGAGAGUCUUACUCCUGGCAUCAUGGUGUGGGGAGCCAUAGGGUAUGACAUCAUGGUGCGGGGAGCCAUAGGGUAUGACAGCAUGGUGUGGCGAGCCAUAGAGUAUGACAUCAUGGUGUGGGGAUGCAUAGUGUAUUACUUCAGGUCAUCGCUGGUAGUGAUUUGGGGGACACUGAUGGCACAGCGCUAUGUCAGUGACAUCCUGUGUCUGCAUGUCUUACCCCUCCUGAGACAGCACCCUGGUACAGUCUUUCAACAAGACAACACCUGUCCACAUAUGGUACGUGUGUCUUUUGACUGCUUGCGUCAUGCUGAGGCCAUCUGUGGCCAGUCAGGUCCCCUGAUCUUUCCCCAAUCAAACGUGUUGAUACGUCAAUUUGGACGUCAACUCAGACCCAGCACCAGUGUGCAGGAUCUCGAGGGCCAGCUCAACAGCUGUGGGCCGACUUGCCGCAGAAGAGGAUAAAAGGGCUCUACGACUCCCUUCGGCACCAUAUUGCUGCACGUAUCCAGGCCUGGGGGGUGGGGGUGGGAGCCACACUCUACUGACAUGGGACCAUCAGUGUGCCCGUACUGCCAACUCUGUUGUCCAUUUCAUUUGAUAUAAUAAUAAUUGUGAUACAGUCACAUUACCUUUCACCAUGUGCAGAUUGAGUUCAUUUCCAUCACUCUGGGUGCUUCAUUUUUUGUUACUGAGUGUAUUUCAAAUAUUUAACAAUUAGAUUGUUCAGUUAAACGCUUAUAUUCAAAAUAAGACAUAACAUUAAUUUUUCAGUUCUGAUUUGUUCCUCUGCUGAACUCUUUCACAUGAACCAAAAAUAAAAAAUAAAAACUGGCUGAAAUGUAAAUAGUAUUUGUUGUUAUUGUUGUUCAAAGAUAAAUGUAUGGAACCAAAUUACAGACAGCGCUGCAAACAAGCGUGUGUACUGUAAGCAAAAGCACAUAUGUAUUGCAAACAAAACUAAUGUAUUGAGAAUUUUUUUCUUUGCCAUAUUUUGUAAUAGUUAUUUUUUUCUUUACAUUUCACUUUUUCAGUGCUCAUUAUUCUAUACGGUGCACAUGUUGCAUUUUGCAAUACUUCUCUUUGUGCUGUAUUUUCCCUUGUGUUUCACUA